AACGCAACUAACAUUAGAAAGGAUCCUUCAUACAACGUACACACGCACGUCUCUCCGUUGCCGUUUCGGAGAUAUUAGUUUGGUGGUUUUCAUUAAUUUCAUUUAGAAUAGUAGUAAAUAAUUAGCGAUGUCUGUAGUGCAAUUUACAGACAAAGACAAAUUACAAAAUCAAUCUUGGAGCUGUCGAAAUCGACGACAAACGCGUCACAAAGUUCCUCCGACAAAUGAAAGUAAGCAGUUUAUAGACUAUGGCAAGUUGCGAUGGUUAUGUGGUGAACAAACUUCAGCAGGUGGCAGAGUUGAAUUGGACAAAAUAUCCGAUGAGGAUCAUUCCUUUUUUAUGGAGAACUAUCACCAGAUGUUUAUUGAUGCACGCGCUACACCAAAGAUAUCAUUAGGAAGGGCUGACGGCAUCUCACUGAUGAGUGCAACCAACUUAUCAACCGGUAUGUUGAGUACACUUUCAAACUUAAAAGACCAGAAUAAAAAAGGAUCAAGACCAGAGGAGAUUAGCCAUGAAAUAAAGGAUCACUUGAUGCUGCUUCACAAAGAGCGCAAGAUCGCUGACCCCGAGGUCAUCAAAACCAACAGAAUCAAAGACCUUAGAAGAUUAUUAAAGAAAUUGCCAUUUGAAAGAUCAGGAGAGGAUAACAAAAUUAUUUACAAGCACCUGAAAGCAUUUCCCCUGAUAGCCAAUCAAAUCACAGCUAAGGAGUUAAAGGAAGUCUGUGCAGUAGUCACCCUAGAUAUAUGGAGGGAUGAAGAGUAUACAGUUUUUGGUAAUACCGGAUUCUACAUCAUAUUGAAGGGAAGUGUAUUGGCCCAGACUGAUCCUUGGAUACAUUUGAAGAAUAAACAAGCAAACAAACCUCCUCGCAAUGUCACAAGUUUCUUAUUAGAUAAGGGUCUUCCAGAGCUUGGAGUUGGUGAUUGUUUUGGCAGCUUGGAAAGAAUUGAGGGUCAGGAAAUCAAUUCACAAGUUUUGACACUGAAAACAAAAACAGUUCCAUGUGAGUUUUUGAAGGUGUCCAGCAACGACUACAAAAGAAUAUCGCAGCAAUUAAAAGAAAAAGAUUUAAUGGAGAAGAGUAACUUAGUUCAGCCCUGCGAGGCUUAUAAACUGUGGCCAAGACAGUCGCUACAGAUGUUAGCGGAGCUCAUAGAGUGGGUAUCUUACCCAGAAAAUACUGUUUUGGUAAGCGAGGGCUUUAUGUGUCCAUUCAUUGGCUUCAUAAAGUCUGGCGAGUGCCAUGUUUUGAGACAAGUUGAAGUAAAUCACAAACUCAGAAAUGGAAAGGAGGAAAAACGUUUGAAGCAGGUAGUGAUGGGUAAAUUGACGACAUCACAGUCAUUCGGUGAGAUCAGCGUACUGGAAGCAGAGGCCAUUACGUGUUCUAUUGUUACGGCCACAGAUGUUACGCUAGGUGUUAUCACACCAGAAAGGAUAACUGAAUUGGAUGAAACUACACAGUCAUUGCUACUUCAAUCAAAUGAAAGAACAUUUGGAAACCUAUCCAAGGAGGAAAUUUACACUGAGUACGUAGACCAGGAGUUACAGCGUGAGUGGAACCAAUUUAAGCAUGGAGUGGUUGUCAAUGUCAUAAACAGCACUGGUAUUCGUCCUGGGUGUGGCAAAUGGUCAAAAUCUGUCCCGCAAUAGUUGCAAAUUUUGUGUUGUGGUUUUUGUUUUUUUUUUUC